UACAUAUAUUCUUUGUACUACAUACAGCAAUGGGAACACUGGUGGCUCUCCCAUCUCAAAACAGCUUUCACUUCUGGUGAGAUUCUUGCCCAAGCCACAGAACAUUUCCUGCUCAAAGCCUGUUUCUAAACUCCUUUUAAGGCCCUGCUUCAAAAAUGCAAGCUCCAUCAGUGGUCGUUGUAACUCAACCUGGGUGUGGUCCUCCAGCCCAAACCUCCAACUGGCACACUGGCCUGUGUGAUUGCUUCACCGACUGCGAAGUCUGUCUUUGUGGCACAUUUUGCACCUCGUUCCUUGCAAGUCAAAUUGCAAGUGACAUGAAUGAAUGCUGUCUGUGUGGAACAACAGUUGCAAUGAGGACCCUCUACCGGACCCGAUAUGGCAUUCCUGGAUCCCUCUGUAAUGACUAUUUGGUGACCAGUUGCUGUCUUCAGUGUUCUCUUUGCCAAAUAAAGAGAGACAUCAAAAGAAGGAUAGCCAUGCGUACUUUCUAAACAGCUAAUGGCAGAAAGGUCCUAUGAAGCAACUAAAAUCAGCAAACACCUCUUCAGCUUGAGCACAUCUCCACCUCUUGCAACUGAAAUAUGAUGAACAAGUGUCAUCACAAUUGUUGGGAGAAAAAUCACAUUUUUACUUAUUUUAAAUGAAUGCUGUCCCUUAGUUGUGCUAAAUGGUCCACCUUUGCUUUCCCUCACUUUCAUGCUAUCAAAUUUUCUAGCUUGUAAGUUUUGAAGAUUACAUUUGAAAUAUAAACCAAAUAAAAGAUUUUGCUAACAAGA